AUGAGAACGCGAAAGGACAACCACCAACAACCGUCAGGACAAAACCCAACAACUCCUAAUAGUCCAUUGCCAGCACUAAUUAACCGAAAACUCCUAACUGAGAUGCAAGAUGACAAGAAGCUUUGCACACAACAUCGACGCCUCCCUCAUCAUUAUCAUCAACACAUUGACACUUCCUCGACAUCCCACAGCAGUUCAUGUUCCACCAGUGGAUCCGAUGGAACAAUUUCUAAAUCUAGGAACACUUCUUCACCUGACAUUCCUGUGCAUGUUUUUAAAGCAUUCGAAGCAAAACCAACAAAAGAUUGGAAACUUCGAUCAAGAAAACGCUCCUCUCAAUGUAUUUCUCUAAAGGAAAUUCUCUCUGUACUUCAUUUGACUCAACAUCAGGCUUGUAAAUUAUUAGGAUGCAGUGUUUCAACUGUAAAGAGAAGAUUCAGUGAUUUGAAAGAUCAAAUCGGACUCACUCAAUGGCCAAAAGAUUACUUUGAUUUAGAAGGUUCUGUCUUGUUUAAAAAGAUCUAUCCCUUGUCUUUGAAUUUCAUCCUCAAUGAAGAGGAGGAUGAUUCUCUCCAAGAAAGCAACGCGAAUGAACAGCAAAGAAAGAAAAAGAAAAUGAAUUAA